AUGGCUUUUGGGGCCUUAUCCGAUUCCAAAUAUCAAUUGGCAUUGUGCUUCAAGGCAAUGACACAGCAGCAGUCCUCAAACUCUGAAUCUGUUAACUCAUUACAAAAAGAUGGACACUACCAGGCUGUGGUAACUUCUCUCUUGAAUGUAUCUUCAGGAAAUUUUCCAGCUUCUGUUGGUAAAGUUGCACACAUGAAUGAGUGUAUGGUCUCUAAGAAAACAAAUCCAACCCUUGUAAAUGAAACAGCAAAUUUCCAACCCAGUAUGUUGAGUUCUUUUGUCCCUGAGGGUAGUUCAGCAGUUUCAACACAUGCUAAUUCUGAUGUGUAUUCUUACCUCAAUAUACCGCCAUUGCCUUUGCCUAUGUUACCCUCUUGUUUAAGCAGUUCAGGGACUUCAAAUUUUGGCUUAGAAAACUCACAAACACACAAAAGGAGACGACAUCGAGGAGGUGCAAAACUGGAUCGUGCUACUACAACUGCGGUGCAUAAGAAAGCCAGAUUAGAGAUGGAGCAAGAGGCCAUCCAGCAGCACCAAAAUGUUUUGCAGUAUGAUCCAAAGUUGGAUGGUGGUGUAUGUUCACGCCGCAUAAUGCAGUAUAUGUAUCAUCUGAGGCAUCGCCCAUCUGAUAAUGGUAUUGCCUUCUGGAGGAAACUUGUGACAGAGUACUUUGCUCCUUGUGCCAAGAAAAGGUGGUGUUUGUCUUCCUAUGAUGAUGUGGAACGCUAUGCCCCUGGUGUUUUCCCACAAAAUACUUGGCAGUGUGAUGUAUGCGGUUGUAAAUCAGGGAGGGGGUUUGAGGCAAAUUUGGAAGCACUUCCUAGGCUUAAUAAAAUAAUGUUCGAGAGUGGUGUGAUCGAUGAACUCUUGUAUCUUGAUCUGCCAUGUGAGCUUAUACAAUUUUCUGGAUUAAUGACUUUAGAAUAUGGCAAAGCAGUUCAAGAGAGUGUGUAUGAACAAUUCCGUGUUGUUCGUGAGGGUAAACUUUGCAUAAGUUUCACUUCUGAUCUGAAGAUACUGUCUUGGGAAUUUUGUGCAUGGCAUCAUGAAGAACUUUUGCCUCGAAAUUUGGUCGCUCCUCAGAUCAAUAAGUUGGUCCAUACUGUUCAAAGCUAUCAAAGCUCUAUUGACUGUGGUGGAUGGGAUGGGGUUUCACCCCAUGACUUACAAGCAAAUUGCAAUGUGUUUCUGGUGGGUGGGUGUCAGCUUGUUAGAAAUUUGGAGUUACAGCCGGUUGAUAACUUGGGGUUUUCCAAGAGAUAUGUCCGGUGCUUGCAGAUAUCUGAGAUUAUCAACAGUAUGAAAGACUUGAUCACUUUCAGCAUGGACAAAAACAUUGGACCUAUUGAGAGCUUGAAAUGUUAUUCUCAAGAAAACCGCACAACCAAACCCCAGGAAGAUGAACCACAAAGAAAGGAAAGUGAUCAUUACCCUUCAGUUGGCAGGAGAAAGUUAAUGGCCACUUCUCUUUUUAACAAUGAUGGAAAUGAAAAAUCAGACAUUCCUAGAUGUGGGCCUAUGACUGCCUCAGAAGAAGCAUUGGUGUCUCCUGGUUAUUAUACACGAUUGCUGGGGCGGAACUCAUUUAACUCCGAUAUGAGCAAAGUGAUGCCGGAGCAUUCGUCAUCAUGCAUCAGGACUAAACUGGGUGCAUCUCCGAUAUCUCUUGGAGGUCUUAAAACCUUAAAUACUGGAAAUAUUAAGGAUUUAUUAGUUGACGGCUUGUCAAGUUCCCAUUCCUCCGGAUGCAAGCAGAAAACGGAGAACAACCUUAUUCAGAAAUUGCUACAGGAAAUGAUCAAUAACAGUAGAACAGCAAAGAGGGGAAGUGAGUUGGAUAAAGUACACCAUAAGCGUAGUAGCAGUACCGUGGCUGACUUGCCAGCCGCAAUGGAUGACUACAAGGUAGCUUUCAACGACAGUCAGGCUGCCUUGGGAAAUGCAACAAAUAAUACUGUGGGGAAAUUCAACUCCGUUACAGCUGCAGCUUCUGAUGUGGACCAUUAUGGGAUUUAUGGUAAUGGGAGUUUCUCUAGAAGAGAACAUCAUUUGCCAGAAGUUACCCACAGCAUCGUUUCUGGGUUUAACUCAAAAACACAAUUUCUGAUGUAGUUGUGGUGACUGAGCUCAUUGUGAUUUCUAUCAAGUUAAGUGUCUCAACAUAGAGCUUCACAG